UUUUUGUUGGAAGAGAUAAUCUGCGUCUUUGUCUCUAUCGUUUUACACAUAAACAUGGCCAAUGUUUUGAAGACGUACAAAAGCAAGAGAACUCUUUUUGGUUAUCAAAAGCUUAAAAAACUCAGCACUGAAAAGUGCAUAUUAAGUGUUCGAUAAAUUGUCUAAGAGAACUUUUAAAGUACAGUAUAUGGAGGAGGAAAGUACUCUAGUACGAGCAGAUGAUCCAAAACCCCCAGGUGAAAUCAAACUUGAAUCGUAUAGUCUUUACUUCAAGGGUUUGGUUAACGAGGAAACCGCGGAGUUAUUGACGGGAUUUGGAGUUGCGAUUUGCGACAAAGAUGAUAAUCUCUUGUUUCAGAUGAAAGAACAAUUUCAUGACUCUAGGGUUACACUUCUGGAGGUUGAGCUUAUGGCAUUAAAGCGUGGACUAACCGAAGCUGUGGGUUUGGGGAUUGAUCAUAUCUUAAUUUACUGCGAUCAUUAUCGGAUUUUUGAAUUGGUCAUGGAGAGAUCUGCGUCUGAGCAAGAGAACAUCGCUUUGCUAAUGGAUGAUGUGCAACGCAUUAGACAACGAUUGACGUUUAGCUUUCCUGUUCUGGUGACUAGGAAUCAAAUGAAAUUUGUGUAUGAACUUGCAAUGGAAACAAUAGUUUCUGAAAUCAGCAUACAUAUACCUGAUCAGAAGAAGACUUGCAGUAUUUGUUCCGAUGAUAACUUCGAACCUGAGCAGAUGUUUUCUAUUGAUUUAUGCGGUCAUGAAUUCUGUGUGGAGUGCAUGAAACGACAUAUAGAAGUGAGGCUACUCGCGGGAGGUGUACCGAGAUGUCCUCAUUAUCAAUGCAGGUCUAAACUUACUCUUGGAAGCUGUGUCAAUCUUUUGACAUCUAAACUAAAAGCAAUGUGGGAACGAAUAAUCGACGAGGAAUCGAUUCAUGUGGCGGACAGAGUUUAUUGUCCAAACCCGAGGUGCUCAGCCUUAAUGUCGGUAACCAAGCUCUCAAACUCAAACUCUACUAAAGAAGAUGUAACUAUGAGAAGCUGUUUCAAAUGCAGUGAACCCUUUUGUAUCACCUGCAAAGUUCCGUGGCAUAGCAACUUGUCGUGCAACGAUUACAAGAGAUUGGGUCCAAAUCCUACAGCAGAUGAUAUAAAGAUGAAAGCUCUAGCAAAUAAGAAAAUGUGGCGUCAAUGUGAAAAUUGCCAACACAUAAUCGAACUUUCGGAAGGAUGCAUCCAUGUAACUUGCAGAUGUGGGUACGAGUUUUGCUACAGAUGUGGAGCCAAAUGGAUUAGGGGAAGAGUUUGCACUCAUUCGCCACAUACUCCUCCAACGACUAAGUCGACAUGUCUUUGCAUCUUCAGUUUUUUUGCCCUUUUGGUAGGUUUAGUUCUUUGGGAGGUUUAUUGCUUUCGACGUAUCCAUUGAGCAUGAAGAAGAGUUGGAGAAAAGUAUCGGUGAUCAACAUCGUGGUACUUAUCGUUCUUUUUAUCUUCUACGUAAUCGCUUCUGAGCCGGCAAGUGAAGCUAGGAUGACAAAAUCAUAUCUUAGUCAUUUCCACAUUUGAUUAAAGUUAAGGUACGGUUCAUUAUAUGAAAAUAUGAUGAGAUAAAAAAGAUAAAAACUUUGAUUUAUGAUAAAAU